UAAAAUUAGCUAACCGGAUGUUACGUAAAACUACAAACAACCCAAGGCUGUUGAAUUGUCUGGGGCAAAGCAGCAUUUUCUUGAAUAACCAUAACUGGAAAACGAUAAUAAAUCACUACUGGAAACUUAUCAGGCUAUAGAAGAAAACUGGGACGGCUGAAGAGCUAGGUUGGAAAAACUUUAUACAAAACCAUGGUGGAAUAUUAUCACAUUUUAGGAGUCCUAAGAAAUGCAUCUCAAGAAGACAUUAAAAAAGCGUACAGAAAAUUGGCACUAAAAUGGCAUCCUGACAAAAACCCAGAAAAUAAGGAAGAAGCAGAGAAAAAGUUCAAAGAACUUUCUGAGGCCUAUGAGGUUCUGUCAGAUGCCAACAAGAGGAACAUGUAUGAUCGCUAUGGUAAAGCAGGCCUAACAACAAACAGUGGAGGAGGUGUUGGACAUUACCACAAUGGUGAUCACUUCAACGAAGGGUUCACGUUCCGCAAUCCUGAAGAUGUCUUCAGAGAGUUCUUUGGCGGUCGAGAUCCUUUUGCGGAUUUCUUUGGAGGGGAUCCGUUUGGGGAUGAGUUCUUCGGUGGAGGGAGGAGGCACCACAGGGGAGUGAGCAGGAGUCGAACGGGGGGACCCUUCUUCGGGGGAUUUGGUGGCUUCCCACCGUUUGGUGCAGGCUUCACAGCGUUUGACCCAGGCUUUACCUCUUUCGGACACAUGGGUCACAUGGGCCAUAUGAGUCCUAUGGGCCAUAUGAGUCACAUGGGUCAUCUGGGAGGAGGAGGAGGAGGCCAUGGUGGCUUCACUGCCUUCUCCUCCACCUCUUUUGGUGGCGGGGGUGGAGGUGGAGGAGGCGGGAUGGGCAACUUCCGCUCCGUAUCAACCUCCACGAAAUUCAUCAACGGCAGGAAAAUCACAACAAAAAGAAUUGUGGAGAAUGGACAGGAACGCGUAGAGGUGGAAGAAGACGGACAGUUAAGAUCACUAACCGUCAAUGGGGUAAAGCCUAUUGCCACAGUUCAAGCAGUCCAACAGGAGGAGUGCAGACAAACUGUUACUGCACACUCUUCCAGUGCACAUGCCUCCCGGUCCUCUGUUCCCCGUCCUCCUUGUCAUCAUGUAAAGACUUCCCCCCACAGGCCCACUCCAGACAGAGAGGAGGGAAGGAGCCCAGCUUCAGUACACAGUGAAAACAAGAGGAAGAAACCCAUGCCUGAGCCCACAGAGGAUGCCAAAAAGAGAAAAACAUGAUCCAGUACACACAGAUCCUUGUCCUCCUAGUCAGCUACAGAAACAAUAUGUUAUUGAUACACCUCUAACAAUGAAUAUUGUUUUAAAGGACACUUAAAUAUGGGGUCCUCAAAGCGCUUUAGCAAGAAUGCACAGAUACUGUAAAUGUAUAAUCCUGACUCGUUUUCUAUUAUAUACCCUAUCUUACGCCCAUAGGAAAAUUGGGGGGCAUCCGACUAAAUGAUUCAGAAAACCAUGCAAAAUACAAUUGAAAUGAGUUUAAAUCAUGACACUUGUCUUCCCUUACAUCUAGUAAUAUACAUUACUAAAGGAACACUGUCGAUUAGUUUAGCUGAAAUAUUGAAUGGGUGAUGUGCAGGGGUUGACUUGUCAGUCCAUUAUAAUAUAUGUGGUGUAUGUUACUUCCUAGCUCCCAGUGCCCUCAGCAGAGGGUUCCAUUUGCUCUGGGAGGGGAGGGACUUGUCCCUGUAGCCCUGGAACAGCUGAGGACCAUCAUGCUCCUCCUCCACCUCCGAACUGAUCUCCAUCUUCUGAACGAUCAGCUUCAGCAGGUUGUGCUGCUUCUCGAUAACAUUAGACAUCUCCUUCAGCCUGGGUAAAUAAUAGAUCAUCUAUUUUAAUAGUCUAAAAAUGUGUGUAGUAUUGAAGCGCUUAAAACAAAAUUGAUAGAAUGCACUUUAAAUACUGAUAAACUAAAUACUGAUAAACAAUAUCAUGUUAAUA